UUGUGGAACACGAGACGGUGAAGGUCGGAGAGGUGGUAUAGCUCUCUGUCUGUCUCUCUCUCACUUUGUCGCUCUCGCCGCUGGAUGGUAGCGAGCCGACCAUGACCAUAGCCACCAUGGGAUUAUGACAUUCCAAAAUGCACUCUAACAUUCGAUUAAAACUGGAGUGUUGCCCUCGGCCCGCAAGCAUGCUUGCCUUAGUUGCAUGCAAAAUUAAAAUUUGAUUGGGUUGAUAAAACUAGAUCUUGAUUUAUAAAGUUUAAGCAAGUUUUCAAUGAUUUUUUUGGUAUCAUUGAUGAUGUGGUCUACCGAGAAUCAUGUGUCGAAGCCAAAUUCAUCGUUAUCAUGGGAACUCUGUCGAUGACUGUACCCCUCCUCCCCAGCCCCCUCCCCCAUUGCUCUCCUUAUCUAAUCGAAAAUAUGCUUAUCGCCCGACCAGCGACUGGUGAUAAGGAUUAGUUUGUAAGAACCAGUAUGACAGUGAAAACCUUUUUAAGUGUGUGUUGCCUGUGUGAUCCAGUCUCGCGAGGGGGACAUCCAUAAAAAGAAUAGUGAUUGGUGAAGUUCCCCCUAUACGGAAAAUUUAAAAAUCUGAAUAAAAUCUUUCGAGUAAAUUGUAGUGGUGUGCGAUCCGCGGAAUUGUUUUCGUGUGCCAAUUAGUGACUUGACGAAAAAGAAGAAAACUUUGGAAAAGGAGGGAAAUAAAAAAAAAAAAACUUUUUGGAAGAUAUUUUGAUUUGCUGCGAAACUUUUUUUUUUGUUUUCUGAAAUUUUUGUCAAACAUCACUCCUGGACAACUACCGGUGGAGGAGAACCAUGAGAGAGAGCAGGAGGACCUGGCCUUUAGCAGCGAAGAUGCCAGGAGGAAUCGGACUCUCGCUACUCGAGUGCUUGGUAGUUUUCUUCAUAGUUGUGUCACAAGAUAGUCGAACGAGCACAGUAUUCGCCGCAUCAUCAGUAGAUUCACCAUCAUCGUCAUCGUCGACAUCAUCAGCGUCGUUUUCAUCACCACAAGCAUGGCCACUCUCCUUUUCAUCAUUAACCGACUCAUCAUCACUGCUGUCACCAUUAUCACCGUCUCCCCUUCAUUCUCACGAUGAUCAUCAUCCGCAUCAGCAACCAGAACAGCAAACACAGCAGGGAGAGCAAACAGAGGAAGAACAGCAAAAACAGCAAGAAAAACACUCGCAAUCACUCACACUUCAUCACGAACGCCUAGAAAAAUGGCAGCCAGAACGGCCUUCACAGCAGCCAGGACAGCCGUCGCAGCUUCCAGAACAGCAGUCGCAGCUUCCAGAACAGCAUUUACAGCAUCCGCACGAGAGACGCAGCCGUCACCAGCAUCACUUCCGGGACCAGAACGGCCACAAAGUGCGGCACCAUCGGGAGAUUCGGACAAAGCGACAACUCAGCAACAGACACCAGCCGAAAUUUUCGCAUACUGAGUACCACAGGACUAUCAAGGAGAAUAUUCCGCUUCAUACGUCCAUUCUGCAGGUCCACGCCUCAGACAACGACCUCGACCACAACGGGUUGAUCCGAUAUUCAGUGAGUGAUCCAGAGCACUUCGAAAUUGAUGAUGGCGGAAUCAUUUACAACAUCAAACCUUUGGACUAUGAACACACCAACGGCAGAUAUGUUCUCAGCGUCACUGCUGAAGAUCAAGGCUCACCAACGGAGCGGAGGCGAGCAGUGGCAAAGGCUUACAUAGACGUCCUCAACACCCCAGAACCUCCAGUCUUCGAUUCUGACCAGUACUAUUUCUCUGUGACAGAAUAUGCCAAAGUGGGGACUUACGUAGGUACCGUUGUAGCUCGUGAUUACGAUGGGGAUUUCAGCCACUAUGAGUUGGAAGGCUUCGAAAGUUCUCAUUUCGUGGUUGACAGAAGCACGGGCAUCAUCUCAUUAGCUGACAAUGCGUUCAACAAUACAUGGGCUUUCGAUUUCCGGGCCUGGGCUGUUGACGGCAGCGACCACAGGACGCACGUUCCAGUCAGAGUAAACAUCAUGGCUAGCAGACCUAUGUUUGCCCGUCUGGUCUGGGCAGAAAGUGACGAAAAUACGCACACGCCAAACUUUCCCGACUGUGCCCUAUACGAUGGAGUUCAGGUGGAGGAGGAAGAAAGCGCCGGGAAGUCUGUCAUUGUGGUCGUGGCUUAUGACGAAGAUCAUGGAGACAAUGGCAUUGUGAAAUACUCACUUCUUCAACACACAGACACCUUCACAAUAGAGACAAAUAGUGGCCAAGGACACGUGAAAACCACAAGAACACUGGAUCGCGAUGACAAAGACAAGGAUUUCUUCCUGACUGUCAUAGCAAAGGACAGUGCCCCUGCAGACGCCGCCCUACAGGAAACUUGUUCCUUCCGCGUUAUAGUGGCAGAUAUCAACGAUAACGCCCCUGUAUUUGAUCAACAGAAAUACGAGCAGAACAUCGCAACGGACCACCCCAAAAACAACCCGGUCCUUAGGGUCACGGCCACGGACUUGGACGACAUGGACAACUCCGUCAUCGACUACAGUCUGGAGGAGUCAGGUGGCACUCCGGGAGACCUCGAUUACUUCAGCAUCACUCCCAGUAAUGGGAUCAUUACUCUUGUCAAGGACCUCAGCGCUGAUAUGGCAGGGAAGAAAACCUUCAAGCUGACUGCCAGAGCCACCGAUAAAGGCGUCCCACCUUUGUCCUCCACGUCAACCGUCCUCAUCAACGUCGUCGAGUCCGGGAAUCUUCCGCCUUCUAUCAUCAGCAAAACGCCCAUUCAAGAUAAGCUGUACGAAGACGCGACGGAAAACACCGACGUGGUUAUCGUGUGCGCCAAGUCCAACAUAGAAGAUAAACCCGAAGUCUAUUUCUACUUAAUCAACGGAAAUACCAGGGACACCAAUGAGGACGGAACCUUCGCUAUCAGGAACCUCAAUCCAGCUGACCCGCAGUGUCCACCCGGUAGUAAAGGAACCAUGGUUUACUUAGAUCUCAGGAAUCUGGAUUACGAAGCCGUGACUGCCUACAAGCUCGUCCUUCAGGUUGCUAACGACAUGAACGCCCGCAAGAACGAGCAGAUCAUCGUGAACAUCACAGACGUGAACGACAACCCGCCGGUCCUUCAGCCCUUCGACGGCUCCGUCUUGGAGAACAACGACAAGACGCUCAUCACCACCAUCAAGGCUCUGGACAAGGAUGUCUCGCCCGAGUUUAGAACGCUGACUUACCGGAUCGUAGACGACGCCUCCCAGAGUGUCAAAACCAAAUUUGAACUUCGUAAUAACGGCCAACUGUGGACAAAGGAAGCCUUGGAUAGAGAAACCGAAAACCAGUAUCGUGUCCCGAUCAACGUCACAGAUGGACUUCACUGGCGAUCCACGACGUACUGGAUUACGGUGCAGGACGUGAACGACGUAGCCCCUCGGUUCAACCUGGACGAAGGCAUCUACGAAGUGCGGUUGCCGGAGAGCCGUGGUGUGGACAAACCCACCGGGCUCGUUCUGUACGUGGAUGACCCUGAUGUUGUGAACUACUUCGACUACCAGAUCGUAUCCGGAAACGAGGCAGGGAAAUUCAAGAUCGACUCCUUAACCGGAGACAUAAAAGUCAACAAGGAACUAGAUUAUGACGAACCGAACAAUGACAGAAAUUUCACCAUGAAGAUCCGCCUGAGCGACGGGGCGAACUUCCCCGCCGAGAUAGACGUGGUGAUCUCCGUGGAGAACGAGAACGACCUACAGCCAAAGUUCCUGCAACACAACUACACCUUCAGCGUCAAGGAGAACGAACCUUGCGACUUCUACUUCGGGGAUGUAUCAGCAGUUGACCCUGAUUUGCCUGCAGACCAAAAUCAGAGGAUAUUUUACUACCUCUUCGACCCCGAUCGAAAUAACUUCACAAUUGGGGAAAAAAACGGCCAGCUGAAGACGAAAGGGUGCCUUGACCGCGAGGCAACCACCACUCGAGGGAUGAUGAUUUUCUACCCGAGAGCAAUGGACGACGACGGAAAGGGACAUGACGCUGAGCCGGCCAAUGUCUACCUCACUAUCAUCGAUGAAAAUGACAACCAUCCUUAUAUUCAGAGUCCGGACCAAAGCUACGCCAAGAUCAUGGAGAACAUGCCCCCAGAGAAUGUGAAGCCGAUUGCCAUUCAGCUGGACGACGCCGAUAGCGAAGAGAACGGAUGUCCCUGCACGCUGGAAUUCGCCAGUUUCACUAGCUCCGACAUCAUGCAGAAGUUCUCCGUCUCGCUCGUGGAUGCAGCCAGUUCUCUCUAUGAGCUUCGACCUUUGAAGGAACUGGACAGAGAAAAAGUCAAAUUCUACCAGAUUCCUUUCAACACCAUCGACAAAAAAGGCGUAAGUGGCACCCGCUAUUUGACUUUGGAAGUUGGCGACCAGAAUGAUUCACCCAUGACCGACGGGACGAGUACCAUACAGGUCUACAACUAUCAGGGUCAGUUUCCAGCGAUGGUCAUCGGAACAGUUUACGUCACGGACGAAGAUGACCACGACAUCGGGGACAAGUACUUCGACAUCGACGCCACGACGCCUCCGGAGACCGAGCCUUACUUCACCGUCGACCACGACAGCGGCAGUAUAACGAUGAAGAAGGGAACUCCCGAAGGAGAUCACACGCUCAGGGUUAAGGUGAGGGGCGUUUCCUCGGUAUUCCUGGAUAAGUUCCGUAACGAGACAGCCAUAGGAGAGGUACUAAUCAAAGUGGUCGAUCUCACUGAGGAAGCUGUGAAGCACUCGGGAUCCUUCAGGUUGGCUAAUUACACAGCCCUCCAACUCAUCACCCAGAAGGAUCUGGCCUCCACUGGCACGAGCAUGUACGACCGCCUUCGACAGAAGAUCGGCGAGAUGCACCUCAUCGACAGCACCAAUGUCGACAUCUUCGGCCUACGGGAUGUCGAAGGUGGUGUCGACGUCCGCUACAACUGCCACUCCUCCCCUUACUACACGUCCGCCAGGCUGGACGGUCUCAUGAUGUCCCACAGAAAAUCAAUAAUGGACUCCCUAGGCAUCAAAAUUCCCAUGGUGGACAUCAACAUGUGCCUUUACGAGAACCUCUCCCCGUGCAACAAGAGCAGUUGUCAACACUCAUUAAGACCAAAUCUCACUCACCCCCUCCUCCUCAGCAGUGAGACGUCGACAGUCGUCGGCAUCGACAUUAGUGAUGAUUAUACAUGUUCCUGCGGCCCCCUGGAACCCCUGCCUUCCGUGUGCUACGAGGGAUUCUGUAUGAACGGGGGCUCUUGUGACGACUCGAAUGGCACCCUCGUGUGCCAUUGCCCCGAUAACGACAACUACGGGCCACGGUGCGAGCUUUAUAGUGCCAGAUUCGAGAGGGGUUACUCAUGGUACGAGCCCUUCACCGUUUGUGAUAAUUCCUCGAUCUUGCUCUCGUUCGAAACGCGGGAGCCGAGCGGGAUCCUCAUGUACGCCGGCCCCACGGUCGCGCGCCCAUGGACAGAUUACCCCAGGGAUUUUAUUUACAUUGUGAUUAAUAACUGGAGGCUGGAAACGUAUGUCGACUUCGGUACUGGAACAGCUGUCAUCACAAUACCUCUGGAAACGAACACCGACAGGGCGUUCGAUUACCGUAUCUGGUGGGACGAUAAGACCAUUACCUUUGAUGUCAAAAACUGUCUAGGCAACAAGACCACAGAGACCCUCGACUGCAGGAAGGUCAUCUACCUUCCAGGAGACAAAAUUACCAGCAAUUUACUGAACGUCCAGGCGCCCUUGCAGCUAGGAGGUGUUGCAGCCAUGAUUAGCUUUGCUGGUCUUUCAGCCUCAUAUGGAUGGUCGAAAACUCCCCCAACCAUCGAACCUUUCUAUGGGUGCAUACUUGAGCUGCGCUAUAACGACUACCUUUAUGACCUUAAUUCCACAGAUUAUGGAAAACAUACCUUCAUGCCCUGUGAUGCCCCAGUGACUGCUACUAUUGUUCUCGGAGAACAGUCCAUCAUCAUCAUAGUCGUUAGUCUCCUGUGCCUGUUAUUACUGGUUCUUUUGAUCCUAUGUCUGGCACGUCGCCGCCAGAAGUCUAUUUCCUACCCUGACCUCGACGGCAUUGUCAAGGAGACGAUCGGUGGCACUGACCUCGAAGGCUUCGGGGAGAAAGACAUGACCCAGUACGACCUCAAGUUGCUGCGCGUUGGACCUAACGGGCAUCUCUUCAGUGAUCCUUCAACACAGGCUGAGUUCUAUGAAAACCCGGCUGUGGAUGGAAGUGAGAUGCAUCUCUGUGAGGAAGAACGAAGGUUACCCGACGUAGCCGAAGACGCCCGCCAGCAGAGAGCGCCCCUGGCCCAGAUGCCUGAGGGCCUCAGUAUCGGAGACUUCAUCGAUGACAACAUCAAAAAGGUGGACAAGGAGAUCACUGAUUUCGACGACGUCCGCCAUUACUGCUUCGAAGGGGAUGAGAUGUCCAUCGCCUCGCUGUCGUCCAUUGGCUCUGGAGGGUCGUCCGACAGUGAGAGCGUGUUCGAUUACAGAAACGACUGGGGUCACAGGUUCGAGAAGCUCAGCAAAAUCUACCGCAGGGAAUCGGACGAGGAGGAAGAUAGCGAAUACGACUUCAAGAUUCCCCGCCAGCCUAAGAGAUACUCUCUCCAUUCCUCUCCAGAGAAAAAAUCCUCUCCUACUGGCAAUCCUGCAAGUAGCGAGCCCUCCACCAAGAAAUCUUCGGGUCGUCCUUCAGGAUCUCCCACAGUGACCUUCGCAGAACCCGAAACGCAAGGAAGCCGCGAAGGACUCCUUCAGGGAGGGGACGACCCUGAACGCCCUCACGAAGCUGUCAAUCCGAUUGGUAAUUACAAUCUGGACGAGGCUGCAGAAUCCUGGUGCUAAUUAAACAGGUAGCUUUAGGUGAUUCGAAAUCCAGCCGAAAGCUGGAUAGGCUCAAGCACCUUAUUCUGAUUCCAAAGGGAAAACAUGAUAAAAGGCGAAAGAAAAUAAUAGGAGGGAGAGAAAUGGCGAAAGGACUUGAUAGUAGGCUUUACACAAACACAUCCAUGUUGAAAUUCUGAAUUCAUUAAAAAAGACAAUUUAACAUUAAGAGAAGUAAAAGUAAUUCUUGUUGUAACGAUAAAGUUAAGAUGUCGAUUUGCAUGUGAACAGUCAUAUUUGGUGUUCUUCUUAUGUGCUAAACUUGUGACCGGGUUUGUGAGUUUCUGGAAAUGCGUUUUUUGUUUUUGUGGGUAGACAACAAUCUUGGUUCCAUAUCACUGAAAAUGCCAAAGACCCUUUUCCAGUUACUGGGAUUUGCGGGAGGUAAUUUUCAUGUGACAUUCCCCUAAUGAGGGGAAUCCUACAAAGUGAUCUUAUACAGAAUUGAUAUAGCCAAGGACCUCUAAAAUUAAGGCAGUAACACUGAUUUAAAGUACUACGUGGCGGGAAAAAAAAAAAGAAAAAGAGAUGAGAGUAACGUUUGCUGCAGAUUUUUGGAAUCGAUUGUUGCUCGGAAUGGGAUUCGUAGGAAGAAAUAUUUUGAACAUUGCGUCCGUUCGAACCUAUGACAAAUUCAUCCUGACAGGUCAAAAUGGUUUUGCGACUGCACUGAAUGGGCCAUACAUUUUGCAAAAAUGCUCCUAAAUCUAAUAAACAAAGGAACCCUAUAAAAAAAAAAAGAGGGACAUUUCUGAAUGAGUGUCAAUGUUCAUCAUAUUUUUCUCCAUCAAAAUAUUGCUAGGUUAAGUAUUUCUAUGAUUCCUAGAUUAAUCAUAUACCAAAGGUGCUUCAAUCAAAGAUUUAGAGAAUAUUAAAAUUGUCAUAAUAAAAGGCCUAGAACUUAGGCUUGCAACCUAUACCAAAAUAGCAACUUAAAUACUAACACUUGAAAAUUAUAUAAAAAGGAAUAUAUGCCGAAUGAACUCGAAAAUUUAUGCCUUGAUAUUUGCAAUGUUCCAUCCUCAGGUUUAUUUCUUGUGUUGCUUUCAGGAAGACAACAAAACUUGCAAGGACGUUUGGCAAUGAAAAAUUGCCGAGAUAUCCAGUAAUGUUUUCACAAAUAUUCUUGGUCGAUAGUGUAUUUGAAAUCAAGUAAAUUUUCAGUCAAGAUAAAAAGUAUGCUGAAUAAGUUCCUCUCAAGACGAAUAAGUAGGUUAUUUCCCUUGUCUUCUGAAGGCGGUUCAAAAAGCGUGUAACUGGGAGUGACUAUUUGAACAUGCUUAGUUAUUCGUUUUAUUGAAAAUUACAUUAGUUCCAAGGUGAUCAACACGAAACUCGAAACUAGCUUGAAACACAUGCAUCCAGUGUCUAUUAAUCAAUAAUUCAUGAAAACUGAUAAUUUCCAUAAGAUAAUUCCCGUCUAUUAAUUACUCUCCCACAGCCGCCAGGCUUUGGAAAUUUCCCCUUCCUUGCUAUUAAAACGUGGACUAUCCUUUCUUAAGGGCAAUUAAUUGUCCGCUCCGACGACCUUCCCAUUCAACCAAUCCUCAAAUUUUAGGAUUAAUGAACAAGUGUUGAAAUAGAGGAAAUUUAUUUAGCAUUACGCUAUACAACACCUACGCAAUACUGAAAGGGGAAUUAUGUUCAGUUCUUACAGAUUAUUGUGAUUAAGAUCAUUUUUUUAAAACGCCUUCACACAACUUUAUAACUUUGCAUACUUGGGUAAGACAACUGAAAAGUAUAAUAUUCUUUUCUUUGGCAUUGAUGUAAAAACUAGUUAAGUCUCCAAGACGACUUCAGGUUUCCAUUCAAAAGAAAGCAUCAAUUUUGGGUAGAAAAUAUAAUGACCAAAGACCAAAACUUAAUUCCAAUAUCACUUAUUCUUUUUAAUUUACUUAUUUUUUGUGUUGUUUAAGGGCGUGUUUAAUUCUGGCUUAUACUAUAAAUACGUGGAAGAUUUAUCUUCGUUUUCGUGGUCACAUUUUGAUCUCAUGUAAAAUUUUUUUUGGUUAAAUUGAAAAUCUGAAUAAACAUUUCUUAUGUCGACACUCGAUUGCAUAUUUUAGACAUCAAGAAUGUCACAGAUGUUGCUUAUGAGAGAUCCAUUGUGGUUCCUUUGCCCUGAGGCAUAAUCACUGCCAAUAAUUACGUGUUAUUUUAUAGUUUUGUAAAUGACCCACACGUCUGCCUAGUCAUUUGACGUAUGUGAUGAAAAAACGGUGAUUUUUUUUAUUGGGGACUUGUUAACAGGUGUAGAGAAGAAAAGACAAGCAUGAAUGAUCGACUAAGAUCAAUCAAGGGCCGUUGUAAAGAUCGAACGAAUCACUUAUCAAUCCGCGAGCGCCCAAGACCAGUGAACUAACAUCGAUCAAUUUAGGAGGCAUGAGUACAGGGAGAGGUUAGUUCUGUCUUCCUAAAGAAAUAAAAUCCAGAUUCAGUGUAUUAAAAAGAGAACUUCUUCAGAAGACCAAACGAUCGCUUCCAGAGAUUGAUGAGUGCACGAAAUGGUCGAAUCAGUAGAUUGAAAGCUCAAUCGAUUACUCGCUUCAUGCAUCAGAAAUGAUAUACCGAAAAGUGGCAGGACUUGGGUAAGAGAGAUCGUACCAUAUUAUUUAACUUUUCGCUAACGGAUAUCAGGAGUCCCCUCUAUCAUCUCUCCUAAAUGUGAAUGGUUUCGUUCAAGAGGCUAACAAGCAAAACGUAUAAAAAAGGCGCUAUCCGUUUAUUGUUUUCUUGUAUAAAACGUUCCAUGUCUUUUCGUUAUAUAAGGAUAAAGAUUCGCAAGGAUUUUCUCUUGUUAUUUCUUGCGUUCAACCGGUGGUAUAGUUAGUCAGGUAUCUCUGUUGUAUUUAAAAUAUAUAUUUCUGAGUGAUUGGUUACAUUUUUGUUGACUUUUUUUUUUUUUUUUUUUUUUUUUUUUU